AUGUCCUCAUUUACUGGAACCUGAUUCGGAAUAGAAGCCAGAUUCAUGUUAUUCCAAGUCUCAUCCAUUUCUCCUUUUCUUUUGAAGAUAUUCUUGAAUGGAGAGUUGGCAUUUGCUUUAUCUUUUCAAGAAGCAUAUCUUUUAGUGCCUUUAAAAUCUAGAUUUGGCUUGAGCGAUUUAGGGUUCUCACUCUCUGAAGCUUUUCUUUGUAAGACCAAAUGCUGAAGAAGUUGCUUUAUAUCCCUUGAAAUGUUUCCUUUUCUUCCAGAAGUGUGCAUAAUGUCUGAAUGCCUAUUUUCAGGUUCCUUCUUUCAAUCAAUUUUAGGGAAAAAGGGAAGAAAAGAAGAUACUCUUUUUGUCUUUGAUAUACUAAAAAAGGAGACAUCUUCCUUAACUAAACUUAGAUUAGCAUCCUUCUUUCCUCAGAAGGAUCUAUUAGGAGGUGAGAAGAGUGUCCUUCUAUCUUGGUCAACAACAUUUCCUUUAUCCUUCAAAGGACUAUGACCCAUCUUUCCCUCAGUUGAGUCCUUCCUUAGUGCUUGAAUUUUCUUAGUGCAGACAUGGCUCGGUGUCUCUGACACAUCAUCACAGUCACAGAUCAAUUCUUGUUUUUCCCAAAAGCUUCGUGAAUCCAUAUUAAUUAUUUUCUAA